CCCUCUCUUUCUGUGGUCGCGACUCGUCGUACGACUACUCCGCUCCCCUCUUUCGUGGAAAAGGCCGCAGCAGCACAACAUAAACUCGCUUCGAAUCCAUAGACUUCGAUCCCAUCAAGAUCGCACUAAAGAUCCCCGAAGCCUGGUGUGUUUUUUCCCUGCUUAUUCUUCUUUCUGGUUCCCGAUCUCCGUCGGCGGAUGCUCCAAUAGGCCCAGGUCUCAGAUCCAAGUAACUGAAAUUUUCUUUAUUACCGCGAAGUGAUCUGUGGCUCUUCCAACAAAUAUGCUUUCACUAAGAUAAGAUGUCUGGACAACCUGACUAUGUUCGUGAAAGCUCUAGUUCUAGCAGAAGUAGCAAUAUCCAGGAGACUGAAGAUGACAUGACCAUAGGUAGCAUUCUAGCUGAAGCAAAUCAUCAUAAUGGAAGGAAUCUAGGAAAGCGCCUAUCUCAUUUAGACUCUAUUCCGCAUACCCCUCGGGUGAAUGGACAAAUUCCUGAUGUCGAUAAUGCAACAUUGGAUCAUGAAAGGUUAUCAGAAAGAUUGGCCAUGUAUGGUUUAGCUGAAUUACAAAUUGAAGGAGAUGGAAAUUGCCAGUUUCGAGCAGUAGCAGAUCAGCUUUUCCACAAUCCUGAGUAUCAUAGGCAUGUGAGAAAGACAGUUGUAAAGCAGCUUAAACAAUUCAAGAAUUAUUAUGAAAGUUAUGUUCCCAUGGAAUACAAGACAUACUUAAAAAACAUGAAAAGGUCUGGAGAAUGGGGAGAUCACUUAACCUUGCAAGCAGCUGCAGACCGGUUUGGUGCAAAAAUUUGUCUGCUAACAUCCUUCAGAGAUACUUGCUUUAUUGAAAUUAAUCCUAAGGAUCAAUCUCCAACAAGAGAACUAUGGCUGAGCUUUUGGAGUGAAGUACACUACAAUUCCUUGUAUGAAGCUGAUGAUCUUCCAACACGGGCACCAAAAAGAAAGCACUGGCUCUUUUAGAGGAGGGUUUCCAGUAUUAUUUAGCUGCGGAGUUUGAUCUCCUCCUCCUCCCCUCCUCGGUCUCUCUGCCCUAUUGACUUUUUUAGUCUCCAUUCACGUUAAUGUAUUUAAUGGUUUGUGUUACAUUUUGUUGUAUGAUUAUGAUAUGUGUAUGAAAAGUAUAUUAUAAGAGAGGUGAUGAGAGAGAGCACUGAGAUAAAUGCACGGAGAUGAAGGCACAGGGCACUUACAACAGCACCUCUAUCUAACCCUUAAACCUCUUAGCUGCGCUUCAACAACUCAGAUGUCUCCUUGAGGACCUAAAUGCAAUAGAAGUUAGUCAGGCAUUUCUUCACAUGCAAGAAGCUAAAGCCUACAGGGAUGAUUCCUUUGUAACCUAAAUAUGAAAGGAUUUAUGGCCAGGUAAAAACAA